AUGGCAAGGGAGAAUAUACGCUGUGAUGUGGACGAGAAUCUGUGGCCAGACAGACAGCAGCGUGUGGAUGGCCAGGAGGGUGAGGACGCUGGCCAGGAGAGGGAGGAGGUGGAAGGGGAAGAGGAGGUAAAAGCCAAUAAUGCUCUUGCCCAUGGACUGCAAUCAGCCCGCCAUGACUGUGAUCUGCUGAGGGAGCAGUUUGAGGAGGAGCAGGAGGCCAAGGCUGAGCUGCAGCGUGGAAUGUCCAAGGCCAACGGGGAGGUGGCUCAGUGGAGAACUAAGUAUGAAACUGAUGCUAUCCAGCGCACUGAGGAGCUUGAGGAAUCCAAGAAAAAGCUGGCUCAGCGUCUUCAGGAGGCUGAGGAGCAGAUUGAGGCAGUGAACUCCAAGUGUGCUUCUCUUGAGAAAACCAAACAGAGGCUCCAGAGUGAGGUGGAGGACCUCAUGAUUGAUGUGGAGAGGGCCAAUGGGCUGGCUGCCAACCUGGACAAGAAGCAGAGGAACUUUGACAAGGUGUUGGCAGAGUGGAAACAGAAGUUCGAGGAGGGUCAGGCAGAGCUCGAGGGAGCACAGAAAGAGGCUCGUUCUCUCAGCACUGAGCUGUUCAAAAUGAAGAACUCUUAUGAGGAAUCUCUGGAUCAGCUGGAGACCAUGAAGCGGGAAAACAAGAACCUGCAACAGGAGAUCUCAGAUCUGACUGAACAGAUUGGUGAGACUGGCAAGAGCAUCCAUGAGCUGGAGAAGUCCAAGAAGCAGGUGGAGACCGAGAAGGCUGAGAUCCAGACGGCUCUUGAAGAGGCUGAGGGAACUCUAGAACACGAAGAGUCUAAGAUCCUGCGUGUCCAGCUGGAGCUCAACCAAAUUAAGGGUGAGGUGGACAGGAAGCUGGCAGAGAAAGAUGAGGAGAUGGAGCAGAUCAAGAGGAACAGCCAGAGGGUGACUGACUCAAUGCAGAGCACUCUGGAUUCUGAGGUCAGGAGCAGAAACGAUGCCCUGAGAAUCAAGAAGAAGAUGGAGGGAGACCUGAAUGAGAUGGAGAUUCAGCUGAGCCACGCCAAUCGCCAGGCUGCUGAGUCCCAGAAGCAGCUGAGGAAUGUGCAGGCGCAGCUGAAGGAUGCCCAACUGCACCUUGAUGAUGCUGUCAGAGCACAGGAAGACUUCAAGGAACAAGCUGCUAUGGUGGAUCGCAGGAACGGUCUGAUGGUAGCAGAAAUCGAGGAACUCAGAGCUGCUCUGGAACAGACAGAGAGAGGUCGCAAAGUUGCUGAGCAGGAGCUGGUGGAUGCCAGUGAGCGUGUUGGACUUCUGCACUCUCAGAACACAAGCCUUCUGAACUCCAAGAAGAAGCUUGAGUCUGACCUGGUCCAGGUCCAGAGUGAAGUGGAUGACACUGUUCAGGAAGCAAGAAAUGCAGAGGAGAAGGCCAAGAAGGCCAUCACUGAUGCUGCUAUGAUGGCUGAGGAGCUGAAGAAGGAGCAGGAUACCAGCGCUCACCUGGAGAGGAUGAAGAAGAACCUGGAGGUUGCUGUGAAGGACCUGCAGCACCGCCUGGAUGAGGCUGAGAACCUGGCCAUGAAGGGCGGCAAGAAGCAGCUCCAGAAACUCGAGUCCAGGGUGCGUGAACUGGAGGCAGAGGUUGAGGCUGAGCAGAGACGCGGAGCAGAUGCCAUUAAGGGUGUCCGCAAAUAUGAGAGGAGGGUGAAGGAGCUCACCUAUCAGACUGAGGAGGACAAGAAAAACGUUGCCAGGCUGCAGGAUCUGGUUGACAAAUUGCAGCUGAAGGUCAAGGCCUACAAGAGGCAGGCUGAGGAGGCGGAGGAGCAGGCCAACACUCAUCUGUCCAAAUGCAGGAAGGUUCAGAAUGAGCUGGAGGAGGCGGAGGAGCGCGCUGACAUCGCAGAGUCCCAGGUCAACAAGCUGAGGGCAAAGAGCCGUGACUCUGGCAAGGGAAAAGAAGCAGCAGAGUAAAACACAUGAGACUUUCGCUGUAUUGAAUCUUAUAAUAUGAAAU